AUGUUUGGAAUCAUCAACCUGCACCAAUCAGAACAAGAAACAGGAGAAGCAGCAGCCCACCAUCAAAACAACAGCAAUACUCGCAAGAGGAACAGAGGCAUAUCAUCAGAAUCAGAAUCAGAACCAACUCAUCACCACCAACAGACAACCGAUACCACCUUGGAUCAUCAACAGCCCUCAAAGAAACGUCGCAAGGGCGUCGCUGGGGCCAUCCUCUCAACCGCACUCGAUGCUGCACUCUUCACUUCAGCCAUCGGAUAUGCUGCUUACCAGUUCUGGUGUGGGAAACCACUCGAGCAGGAGCAGGAGGAAAACAGCUUCGUCCAACAUCCCUCUCCCAAAUUAUCGAUCUUCACCAAGUCAUCAUCCAAGAUUCCUACCACAACUGCUACUACCAACACUCCCGCAACCAACCUAGCUGAUCACCUGGAGCCUCCUCCGCCGCCCUACGAGCCGCGUCAAGCAGAACCACCACCAGAACAGCUCUCGGCCCCUCUCCUCCGUCGGCCCCGGCUCCGAUCCACGACCUCUCGUCUCCACUCCGCACGCUCAACCGGCCCAGUCACCCACCCGUCAUCCAUCAACUUCGUCCUCCGACCCCUCCACGAUCCUUCUCUCGCCCAGCUCCCUCAGUCCCCCCCGCCGCCGCCGCCACCGCCGCCUCGAAGAAGCUUGCCACAAAACGACGAACUCAUGGCCGACUUCGUCUGCUCAUUGGACCCCUACAUCCCCCCCUUAACCCCACACCAUGAUGAGCAGGAGGAGGAGGAGGACGAGGACGAUGAUGAUCCUGAGAUGAAGGCCUUCAAAGCCCAAAUCCAGGGGCUCAUCCGCCAAGGCCAAUCCGCCCUUGCCUCACGACCACCUACGCUCUCUAAUGACGACCUUCAUCAUCAUCCAACGACCACUCCGUCCCCGUUCGCACAUACCCCUGCACUCCUCAACCCUCCUCAUCUCCGCAAUAUCCUCCCUCCUUCCUCAAAAAUAUCUGAAUCUACUACCGCCGACUCCAAUCUGCGCCUGUUGCACCUUGCUCUCGAUAAGGCCGCCGCUAAACCGGCUUCCAAUUGGUGGGAACAAUAA